AGCCGCACAUUUAAGGGGGCUGUGUUAUUUUGCUGAGCGUGCACGCCUUCACUUCUCCUCGCCGCUGCCUGUGUAUGUCUGCGCUAUGUGUGUGCGUGUGUAUGCCGAUGUGUGUGAGAGUGCAGGCAGGAGCAGACAUGCUGAUUCAUCAGGCACGGGGUCAUUAGACAUGCAGCACGGGCACUGUCAGUAUUGUGCAGGCACUGCCAGUGUUUUGGGAUAUGCUUAUUCUUCAAAAUAUGGUACGAGGGAAUCCCAAUCUAUGUUGAGAGUAAGGUUAUGUGCGCGUUCUGAAAGGCUAAAUACACUACUGUGGAGAAAUGUGUAGUGUACAUUUACAGCUGGGCAGAUUCAUAUGCUGAUUCAUCAGGAUGGAACCGUACAAAAGCGAUACAAAAGCGAAUGCAAUACUACUAGAGAUAUAUUAUUAAGAACUGGCGGACUGCUCUUGUCUAGACUGUGAAGGGAUCGAUGUUAUUAAAGACACCUCUUCUGAGAUGGCCGAGAAUUCGCAUCACGACCAGACCUGCGUUGUCAGAACAGGGUCUCGUGGUAUGACGACCGUCAACAAGGGAAACAAGGCCUUAAAGGUGAAAAGGGAGCCCGGGGAGAAUGGCACGAGCCUGACGGACGAGGAGCUGGUGACGAUGUCAGUGCGGGAGCUGAACCAGCACCUGCGCGGCCUGACCAAAGAGGAGAUCAUGCAGCUGAAGCAGCGGCGGCGCACGCUCAAAAACCGCGGCUACGCGGCCAGCUGCCGGGUCAAGCGGGUCACGCAGAAGGAGGAACUGGAGAAGCAGAAGGCGGAGCUACAGCAGGAAGUAGAGAAGCUGGCCUCGGAGAACGCCAGCAUGAAGGAGGAGCUCGAUGCCCUGCGCUCCAAAUACGAAGCCUUGCAGAACUUCGCCAGGACAGUCGCCCGCAGCCCCGUGGCCCCCUCCCGGGGACCCAUUGCCUCCGUCAUCGGGCCCCUCAUCCCCGGCAAAGUGGCCACCACCAGCGUCAUCACAAUAGUCAAGUCAAAAACAGGCGCCAGGUCUUAGUAUAUGGCAGGGCUUGAGGGCAGUGUUUGGGAGAACAAGGCUGGUCAGUGCAUCAUAAUUGAGCACAUAUUGUUUUUUUUUUUUUGUUUGUUUUUUUUUUUAAUUUUACACCACCCGUACAAACCUCCUUGUGGCAGUGGUUGAGUUCGGUGGGCUGGUUAGAGCUGGGGACUGGCAACUGCCUGGAUUAUUGAAGCCCAGCCACUGCCAUACUGUGCCACCCUGAGGCAGAUCCAUUCUCCUCCAGGCUUCCUGGUGUGUAAGCAGAUAACAUCAUGUGGCAUCUUGGCUGGGUUUAACAGAUUGGAAAUUAAAAUCUGAUCCAGCAAACCAUGCUGAAACCAGCACUGGAUUAGUAGAACUGAAAACAAAACAAAACAUCAACUGUAUUGAAGUUGUUUGUGGUUAGCAUGGGUCCAAAACGAUUGUAAUACUUUUUUUGUAAAUUUGUUAGCCCAGUGUCAUCGUCUUCUCUUCUUCUUCUUCUUCUUCUAAAAAAUCUUCAUGUUUUUCUAUUUUUGCAUGUCGGAACAAAUCUCAAUUUUGCAUACAGUGACUGUGUGAAACAUGGAGAGAACUGAAAAUAAUGUUGAUGCUUUUGUAAGCACAGCUGACCAUAGUUAUGCAAUUGGCUUAAAGUUCAAAGCAAUUCAAUCUAGUCUGUUUGAAGGAGGACUGAAGGUGAACCAAAACUUUUUUCAUUAUAUAUAUUUUUUUAAUAUAUAAAUGUGUGCCUAAUAUUUUGCACUGACCAAACAAAUUGCAAAAAAAAAAAAAAAAAAGCUGUAAGUGUUCACAUAUUUCAGCGUUGUACAGUAUCAGAACAGUGGUAGAGAUAUUAGUUGAUAUGACCAAUGUAUGUGAUUGGAUAGUCCUUUCUUUAGCCAAAAAAAAAAAAAAAACUAAAACAUUGUGCAUUUUUGUUCCCAUGCUGAGGUUGGGUGGUUUCAAGUUGUGAUAUAAGAAAUAUUGCAAAUGCAAUAGUGGAUUUAGGUUUGCUUCUGUUAUCUAAUUCCCCCAAACAUGAUACCCUGUUGAUCCGUCUAGAUAGGUUGGUGACAACCUACUUGGAUUCUCAGACAACAAUUUCCCCUUGCCCACUAUGGUGGGCAUAUCUUGGGACUGUUUUAUAUAUCAAACGUAUAUAAUAUGUUGGUACUGUCUUAAUCAUCACAACGAAAAGAAAUAAUUUUGCUGUAAAGCUGUUGUUUAUUAAUAGCUACACAAUUACUUCAAGAGACAGACCCAGUCACUUUCUAAAUGAGACAACUUUUUUAUUUUUUUUGUUUUUAAUUAAACGGGGGACUAGCUGACCACAUAAAUAGACAAAUUGUAUUCACACAAACUUUAUUAUAAAAAGUCGUUGUUGUUUCUGUAUUCAAAGGAUCUUUGUCCGCGUUCAAGUUGAUUUUUAUAAAUACAUAGAGCGUAUCUUGCAUUAUGUAUAAAAUGAAAAAAAAAACAAAAAAAACAAAAAAAAAACUUGUUUGAUAUCCUUUUUUGCAAUUGUACCAAAAGUGGCUUAUUAUUGAAGUCGAUAGCUUUUCCUAGUGGCUAGGCGCGUACCGUGAUGCAGCGUGACGUGAUGUUUAAGUGACAAGGUGACAGUAUUGUUCACUAUAUGGAUGUGAUGCUGUACUUCCUUUUUAUUACUUUGAUUACUUGUGAUGUAAACGGCACUUUAAAGCUUUCAGACCACCACCUCUUUGUGUUAGGAAUGCUUUCUUGUACUUUUUGGUCAGCUGGCAACACCCUAUAAUUAGUUGAUCAAUAGAAAUCAUCGGUUGGCCAGUGCAUCAACUGGUAAAUGUUCUGUUUGUGUAGAAGAAUUCCUUCUGUGAAACGGUCAGAUGGGAGAACCUUGAUGCCUGUCUACUAUUGCAGCUUCCUCCUCAUGUAAAAACAGGCCAGUUUCUCCAUUUUAUUCUUGGUUUGGUAUUGAAAGAUCGUUUCUGCUCACCGCGUGUUCACGCUUUAAUGAACCCCGAGGGUUUCUGCGUGCCUGUCGUGUGGUGUGUUGUGUGCGUUGACAUAGAAACAAGGAGAGGCUUAGCCUGAUCUUUAUAUAAGAGACACACUGUGGAAAUGCACACGUUUUUCCCAAAUAACUCGAAAUGGAGUGCAGCUUCCUAGGCAUUCGGGAAGCCUGCUCUUUAGAAUGUGUCUUCUGCUUCAUUAGCCAUUCCUGUUGAUCCUGAGAGCUGCUCAGCAUAAACGUGGGGGUCUGAAGGUGAAAAUAAUGUGCUGCUGUCUUUUGUUUUAAGUUAUUUUCGUGAUGUGUUUUAUUUGUUUGUUUUUUUUUGUAUAUUUUUCUGAUAUAUUUAAUGCAUAUUUUAAUGCCAGGGGUGUGCUACUCUUGUACUGAGUAAUACAUGGUUAGGACAGAAACUCGCUGCUCGCAGAUCCUAAGCUGCUGUCGUCUAAUAAAGGACCAGAAACUAAAGACAGCAAAGCCUGUUUUACACAUUCAGCCAGCCUUAGCUGCUGCUGAUUUACACGGGAAUUCUGCCUCAAAUUGAUAAAAAAAAAAAAAAAAUUCUUGCACUUAGUAAAAACAGUUGUUGUACAGGUAUUAAACUGAUUCAUAGAAAUAAUGUUUAGCCAGAAUAAUGUUACAGUACUGUAGUUGUGAAUAGUUGCCUUUGAACAACACAUUGCAUUGACUGGAGCCUUAAAUAUGUAUGGUUUAUUUAGGUAACACUUAAGUAGUUGUCAGUGCAUUGCAGCAAAACUAUUGUAGGCUUUUAUAAAGUUCUAAUCAAUUACAGCACUUGCAAGCAUUAAUACUAGUCAUUUUGCUACAGAGCUAUUAAUGAAUUCCAUGGAUAACUCUUUGUUUCAAUGGGCACUUUCUGUGUUUAUUAACUGCUAACUAGCUUACAAAUAUGCUGUGACAAUAUGAGAGAAAUGGGUUUAAAAGCUUUUUAAUGCAUUUUUUAAAGUACUUUUAUUAGUUUAGGAAAAUUUUACUAUAUAUUAUAUUUUACCGAACAACAUUUCUUAACAUGCUAAUAGUUAAGAGCUAAUAAACAAGCAGUGCCCAUUUAAAAAUAAAGCAUUCAUCAAAUUAAUAUGAACUUGAAUGGGAACAUCAAACUUUAACAUACUGUACUUCUACAGCUGAUCCAAGUUUUAUAAAGGGAAGAAUUUUUAAAAAGCAAAAAACCAAAUCCAGACUUGACUUGUUGGAGCUGUUACUCUGGUCCUGUGCAGGCGUUCAGUAGUAGGUUCGGGGAUAGAAUCGACAAACAUUCUUACCCUAAUUUUAAAAGUUAGUUAAAGGCCUAGUGUUUGCAGACUGCAAAAAAACCCCAAAAAUACAAAAACAAAAAAAACAUUUUUUUCAAAUUGUCUUCACAAACUAGCGACUGAGGUUAAAGCCUGUGGGUGCAACUCAUAUUGCCUCAUAUUAACCCGCAUGGCUGUAUACCGACACCACAGCCGUUGUCUAAUCAUAUCCACCCAUUUAAAAGUUUCUGUGAAAGUUUUUUGGUUAGGAAAAGGCAAGGCAAGAGUUUUUAUGAGUGCAAUUGCUCAGAAAAGAAAGCGAGCAAGCCUCCUUUACACCCAGCAGUUUGUGAACAGAUUUGUGAAUUCAACUGCAAGAAACUAAAAGAUGAUUCGCAGUGGAAAUUCAUUUUAAAUAUACUUAUUUUGUACUUCUAACCCUAGACCUUUCAGAACUGACUUGUUUGUCCGAAAAGCUACAGCUAUGGCCAAAAGUUUUGCAUCACCUAGAACUUUAGGAUUGAAAAAUAAUAAUAAUAAAAAAAACUAUGUGAACAUAAUUUAGAUAUUUCAUUUGAAUUCACAGAUACUUCAAAAUGAUAUUGCAAAAGUCUACCAGAAGCCAUAAUAGUAGUACAGUAUUUUGUCACAUUUUUCAUAAAGUAUAUGGAAAACUACAAAGCGCUAUGUAAUUCAAUAUGUUAAUGUAACAUUAUUCAGCAGGUUUAAUACGACUUUAUGAAGCAGAAUUAGUUAAUUGAAUAGGGUAAUGCAAAACAUUUAGCCAUAGCUGUACAAAACACUGGAAACCCUUCCCCUAAAGCAUUUCUUUAUUCUCUUGCAUAAGGACACCAGUUAAAAGUCGAUUUUCUUCCAUUAAUUCUGUGAAGGUGUUCUCCUGAUGUCUUUCCUAUUUCUCUGUGUUGCUUUGUUUCAGUGUGAACGUUCUCUCUCUUGCUGUGGAGAUUCUGUUGUGAUUCCCUCUGAACAAUGUGUAAAGGGUUGAAGUGCUUGCAGCAAGCGCUUUGUGUCUUUCGUGUUCUCUUCUGGAGACCGUGUUGCGUACAUGUGUACGUCGUGGUGACUGUUGUGAAAGUGAACCUUUUUAAAUAUGCAACGUAAUGGACUGCAGUGAGAGGCAAUAGCACUAAACUGUGGGUCGUCUUGUUGUGAAGUGACAAAGUAAAUAGUUUUAUACAGAGUGCUAUCUAUCUGUCAAUCGAUCCAUCUGUCUAUCGAUUUAUCUCUUUCUGUCUAUCUAUAUGAUUCUUAUUGGAUCUGUAAAUGCUGUGUUAACCUAACUGUUUCCUUCCUUCACAAGAUUUCAGAAUCCAUACAAUACAGACCAUUCAGCAAUAAAUGACUGCUAAUUGUAAAAUCUGUGUACUUCCAUGUGUACUUUUUCAGUUCUUGGUGUUACCCAGUUACCUUUUGUGAUCCCAAACGUGAUCUGACCUUGCAUACUAAUAAGUGCUUCCAGUUAGAUUUAUUUAUUUAUUUAUUAAA